CUACCCAACGAUUUGAGGUGGAUUGAAUUAGGUGGACGUGACCAUCAGGUUAAGUUCAAUUUGCAAUCCAAUUAUCAUCCAAGGCAUCUUGUCAUGUUUGAUAUGCCAUAUAGUGGCAUCAAACAAUUGAUCGGAUUUAAGAAUUUGGCAAAGCUUACAUCUAUGAAUUUAAGAAGUUGCGAGUUCUUGGAAAAACUCCCCGACUUAUCCGGAAGCCCAAACAUAAAGCACUUGGAUUUACGGGAUUGUAAAAGUUUGGUUGAGGUUGACGAUUCUGUUGGAUUCCUCUGUAAACUUGUUGAAUUGAAUCUUAGUGGGUGCUCUAAUCUUACGAGGUUUGUAACAAGACUUGGAUUGAGAUCCCUUAAAAGACUUUAUCUCGAUGGUUGCACAAGGCUUGAGAAUUUCCCGGAAAUAGAGGAGGACGAGAUGGGAUCUUUAAUGGACUUGGAUAUAGGAAAAAGUGGCAUAAAAGAAUUGCCUUCAUCAAUUGCAUAUCUUACUCGGCUUCAAACAUUGAGUGCAGAAGGUUGUGAGAACCUUACAGGUGCAUCAUUACAUCAUAUUUAUGGGUUGCAACGUCUCAAUGAGGUUUAUUUCGGCGACUGCCCAAAACUCGUGACAUUUGGGAAUGAGGUGAAGUUUGAUGAAGUUGCAUCUUGCAGUACCGAAUAUCAACUGAUACCAACUGACUUAGAUACUACAUGUGACAACCGAAUCAAAUUCUCCCUUCCUAACCUAGACUAUCUUGAUUUUGAUGGAUGCAAUUUAUCAGAAAUGGAUUUCCUUGUGCCUCUUGAUUGCUGGUCCACAUUAACAAGACUUACAGUACUUAAUCUGUCGAGAAACAAUUUUGUUAGUCUUCCAGAUUGCAUCAGCAAAGUUGCCAACUUGGAGAAACUUUACUUGAGUGGUUGCAAGAGGCUUCGAGAAAUUCCACAAGUCCUUCCCCCAAAACUAAAUUAUUUAUGUCUGAAUGAUUGCACAUCAUUGGAGAAAAUUCCAAAAUUGCCCCCGAUGCUUAAGCUUCUGCGGUUGAUUAAUUGCUUUAGACUAAGUGGUGAUGAGGUGGCAAAGUUGGAGAACAAUUUGUUGAAUCAGGAAUCUCGUCGGCGCUCUGAAUUGAAAGUCAUUCUUCCAGGCAAUGAAGUUCCAAAGUGGUUUAGCUUUACCUCUGACCAUCUUACAACCACUGAACAUCGAUCAAAAAAUGAAUUUCGUUUUGAAAUUCCUCUAUAUUUACUAGGGGACACGUUAUUAGGAUUGGCUCUAUAUGUUAUUAUUGAUGCAACGACUCCUCCUGAUCCUAAUGCUGAUAUUCUCAUAAACGGAAUACAAAGGUGUGAAAAAUAUUUAUGGUAUGUCAGAGACAUGGAGGCAACUCAUGUGUGGCUUGGGUUAGUGGAUUUCGACAUGCGCCAGCAGCAGGGACCUUUUUGUGAAGUUAUAUUUCAUUUCCCCGAAUCUGCACGCAUUAAAAGUUGCGGGGUGCACUGCCUAUCAUACGAAUGGCUUCACUUGUCUUCCAGACCAACAAGUAGUCUUGGGAAAAGGACUCAUCCACAUAGAUCCUCAGAUAUCAUCGAUGAUGCAUAUGAACAGCAACAGCAAUGGCUUUACUUAUCUCCGGAGAAGCAGAGGCAUAAAUGUGAUAUUGAGGAGGAGCAAGAGCGACCAUCCACUUCAAUCGAUCGACAGUGUGUAAGGUCUUCAAAGGAAUGGUUCAACAUGCUCAAUCUCAUGAACAUUGAAAAGUUGAAUUGGAAUAAUUUUAAGUCAUGGAAGCAGCAAAUUGACAUGCAUCUUGGUAUGUUGGAAUUCAACAUUGCAUUCACUCAGACUCAACCAACUGCUUUAACUGAGACAAGCACUGCUGCAGAGAAAGAAACAUUUGCCAAAUGGGAGAGGGCUAAUCAGAUGUCUUUGCUGAUCAUGCAAAAUUCGAUGGAGAAACACAUCACAGGUGGCAUUCAAAAUUAUGACUUGGCAAAGCAAUAUAUGGCCAAGAUUGAAAAAAAGUAUAAGAGAACUGAUAAGACUGAAAUUGGGGUAUAUCUUUCAGAUUUGAUCAAUGCCAAAUUUGAUGGUACUGGGAGUGUCUGAGAACAUUUGCUUAAGCUUGUCAAUCUGUCUAACAAGCUUAAUGCAACGAAUGCAACUAUUGUAGGCAAAUUCCUUGUUCGUUUGGCUUUGUAAUCUCUACCCAAUGAAUAUGAACAAAUCAAAGUGAGCUAUAAUACUCAAAAAGAAACAUGGGAUAUCAAUGAGUUUAUCUCCAUUUGCUGUCAAGAGGAGGAGAGAAUGAAGAACAGUAAGCAUGAAACUGUGAAUCUGGUGCAAUACGGGAAAGGAAAGGGGAAAGUUUUUGGAACAAGCAAAACUGCAGCACUUAGGAUUGGCAAAGCUGCAACUAAGUCAGGUUCUCCUUAUCUUGGUUCCAAGAAACAUGCUUCCAAUUGUGCUGGAUUUAAAGAUUGGCUUAUUAAGAAAGGUAUUGCAGUCAUAAAUGUUUUUGUUACAAUUGAAUCAAACAUGGUUUUUAUUACUCAACACUCAUGGUGGUUUGACACUGGCUGUUUUAUGCAUAUAACUAAUUCACUACAGGGAUUUCAAAACCGGAAGAGCCAAAGUAAGGAGCAUUACAAUGUCUAUGUUGGAAAUGGAAACAAAGUCACACUUGAAUCAAUUGGUAAAGUCAUGUUAAAGCUUUCUUCUGGUUAUGUUUUAGUGUUGAACAAUGUGCUUUAUCUACCUU